UCCCCGCGUGUGCGUCUGCGGUGUCGCUGCAGCCCGGCCUACGCUGGUGGGAGUACCCCCUGCACAGGUCCCCUUUGCAGUGCAGAUCCAGUAGUUGGAGUUGUUGUACACCGAGCGCGAGAGGGAGAGGAGAGGAGCGCGAGCGCAGCAGCUGAGUGAGCAAACAAGAGAUAGAAACAUUAGGUUAUCUAUCUGAGACUACCACGCGUCGACCUGUCACUUUUUACCGCUUCGUGCACUCUACUUGAAGAGGACCCCAGCAGCAGCAGCAGGACCAGCAGCAGCAGCAGCCCCGGCACCAGGACCAGCAGCAGCAGCGCCCUGGUCUGGUCUGGUCUGCUCGAGCAGCCGCCUGUGAGAAAACUCCCAAACGCGGUCGUCUCAGCUGGCAUGAGCUAACCUACCAGGCAGACAUGGAAACCAAACCGUUCUUGUCAUUGGGGUUCCUGAAGCCCCAGUGCUCGUUGGCUCCUCCCAUGCAGCGAGGUCGCUCGGGCGAUGCCUGUUCCUGUUUCAGUGGCAUGUGUCCCCUCCACCAGCGUCGCCUAUCCUCAGACUCGUCGGGCCAGGUGCCCUCGUCGCCCCUGGGCUCCCCCACGUCCCACCGGGGAAUGCACCCGUCUCUGCUCAGCCCGACGUCCAUGGGGCCCUCAGGCUCCCUCCACUCUCCCAUCAGCACACUGAGUUCACCCAUGAAUGGCCUGGCCUCACCCUUCUCUGUCAUCAGUUCACCCAUGGGCCCCCACUCCAUGAACUCUCCUGGCAUGGGCUACGGCCCCAGCGUUAGCCCCCAGAUGUUCCAGCUGAACUCUCCGAUGAACUCGGUCAGCAGCACAGAGGACAUCAAGCCCCCGCUGGGCCUCAACGGUGUGAUGAAGGUGCCCGCCCAGCCCUCGGGCACUGUCCUGUCGCUCACCAAACACAUCUGCGCCAUCUGUGGUGACCGCUCCUCAGGUAAACACUAUGGGGUAUACAGCUGUGAGGGCUGCAAAGGUUUUUUCAAAAGGACGGUGCGCAAAGACCUGACCUACACCUGUCGCGACAACAAGGACUGUGUCAUUGAUAAGCGCCAGAGGAACCGCUGCCAGUACUGCCGCUACCAGAAGUGUUUAGCCAUGGGCAUGAAGAGAGAAGUUUUGUUACAUGCAGCCGUUCAGGAGGAGCGCCAGCGAGCCAAGGACAGAAAUGAGAACGAGGUGGAGUCCACCAGCUGCGCCAACGAGGACAUGCCCGUGGAGAAGAUUCUGGAGGCCGAGCAGGCGGUGGAACCCAAAACCGAGACCUACAUCGAGACCAACCUUGGUGUGCCAUCCAACUCGCCCAAUGACCCAGUGACAAAUAUCUGUCAGGCGGCUGACAAACAGCUCUUUACCCUGGUGGAGUGGGCCAAGAGGAUCCCCCACUUCUCGGAGCUGCCACUGGACGACCAGGUCAUCCUCCUACGAGCAGGUUGGAAUGAACUCCUCAUUGCAUCAUUUUCGCACCGCUCGAUAGCGAUUAAAGACGGUAUCCUGUUGGCGACGGGGCUGCACGUCCACCGCAACAGCGCCCAUAGUGCCGGAGUGGGAGCCAUCUUUGACAGAGUGCUCACAGAACUGGUGUCAAAGAUGAGGGACAUGCAGAUGGAUAAGACAGAACUGGGGUGCCUUCGAGCUAUAGUCCUUUUCAACCCAGACUCUAAAGGUCUGUCCAAUCCAGGUGAGGUAGAAGCUCUGAGAGAGAAAGUGUAUGCAUCUUUAGAGGCCUACUGCAAACAGAAGUACCCCGACCAGCCUGGCAGAUUUGCCAAACUGUUGCUGCGGUUACCAGCGCUUCGCUCCAUUGGCCUCAAGUGUCUGGAGCACUUGUUCUUCUUCAAGCUCAUCGGCGACACGCCCAUCGACACGUUCCUCAUGGAGAUGCUAGAAGCCCCGCAUCAAAUGACAUAAUAGCAGAGAGGGUUGAGCCCUCCUCACCCUCUCCCUCCCCCCCUCAAACCCCAACAUCUCCCACCAGCCCUGGAUCGGGAGCAGGGUCCUUUUUGAAAUCCCGUCUCCAGCAAGGGACAGAUCACAUGACGAUUUUUGGAUGGAGAACCUCUCCCUUCCUCCCAUCCCUCCCUACCCCCUCUCCCUUUGAUGUGUUUCAAAACAAUGAAUUCAUCAUGUCUAUGGGUCUGUUUUAUACCUUGUAAAAAUAUAUAAAUAAGAAAUAUAUAUAUAUAUGAAAAUCACACGGCAACACGAGUGACAACAGCGGACUGAAAUAAGGUCGGACAGAGGACAAAAGAAACGAAUUGAGCCAUCGUCUUCAUCCUUGCUUUUCCUACACCUUGACGAGAAAAAGCAGAGAUGAUCAGGUUUUAACACCAACAGUUAUGCUUGCAGGUAUUUUGAAAAAAAAAAAAAAAAAAAGAAACAACAAAAAAAAAAUAACGGCGGUGAUGUCAUAUUUUGGACACUCAGCGUUGUGAUCGGGACAAUCGUGGACUGGGAGAGCCUCGGGCUGUCUAGACUUGGACCUGAGCCCUCUCUCGCUCUUUCAGGACUGAACUUACUUCGGGGAGGGACGGUGGGGGGACGGUAACGUCUGCUUCAAGGAACUCGUCUGUUCUGCCUGACUCGACUGAACACGUCAAGACUUGCACUAGCUGUUUUUGAAGUGUGAGCUUUCUGGAGUAGAACUCAGAGGUGGGUUAACAUGACUGCAAGUGCUCAAAAACCUCAGGUCUCUGCCCAAUUCCAACAAAUACAACCAUGUCUUACUCUAUUAGCACUGUGCAACACCGGGGAGGACGACGUGUUAGUUCACUAAUCAGCCCUUCAGUUAAUGUUAAUCGAUUGGACGAGAGUUGGGAGAGCUUGUUAUGUACAAUCUGUGCGGGCCCUCUGCACACAUGAAGAUGCAGGCUGUUGUCAAGUAGCCACACAUUAGCUUUAUGCUACAUGAUGCUCUGAACGGCUACCAGCAGGCGCAGAAACAACCUCUGUCAUCCUAUUUUAAACAUUUGGCCUUUGUUGCAACCUCACAGGUGAUCACAUCGAAAGUGGACGGCUAGAAAUUGAGUGCACGGUCUCAUCUGUGGGGAAACGUCGUCGUUUCGCCAGUCUCUGAGCUCCUUUUUUGUCCCUUCUCCAACCUCUCCGCUUCUCAUUUCAUGUGAAUUUCAGCACACCAUUUACACCUCCACACUCAGAAAUCCCUCCGCCUCCAUGUGGCAGGUAUUACAGUAGCUUUUUCAAGACACCUCAUAUCUACUUGUACAGAAAGUUACAACCGUAUACAGUAUUGACGUUAUUUUCAGUUUUGAUUUUAACAACAGCAAUGCACAAUUACCUCUGUUUCCAUCCCUCCGACCUUCAGUUCUUGACAUUCAUUGAACCAUCCACAGUGUGCGGGAGAAGUGCUCGCCGUUGCAGCAGAGCCAUUAUUUGUUUAUUUGUUUGUUACUUGGCACUUAACCUCAUGACAGCGGAGUCGGGUUCCUAAACGGAGAGCUGAUGUUGAUGUAACAGACCUCUGAGGUGGAAUUUGGCCCAGGCUCCAUCAGGGAUGCCCCAGUUGUUUUCCUCCUCAGAGGGACACACACACUUGCUCUCUCUGCACUUCUCUGGACAACCAAGUGUCAUACAAGUUGAACUGAAAUGUUAGCUAUCUCCAUGUUAUGUAUAAAUAUGCUUUAUGCCCAUAUUCUGCUUAUUCUGUCCCUCCUCCUAUCCUUUUCUCUAAAUGCUGCAGCUGCUGCAAAACUAUGCAUUGAGUGCAUUUCCAAAGAUUGUCUACAGAGCGGGUGCAUGUUAGUAUGGCUUAUUUAGGUUAUAUCCCCACUAUUCAGAAAGGUAAUAGUCAUUUUAUACUGGUUUAUUCAGCCCUCAGUCGAAAGUGUGUUAUGGAAAAGUGGAGCAUAGCAGAGUUUAAGGACAUUGAAUCAAGAAUUGCCUUUCUAUAUCUGCUUAUUCACCACUAUUUCAUAAACACCUUGACAUUAUCUGGACCUUAAAAAAAACCGAGCACUGUGUUUUCAUCAUUCUGUGACAGACUGAAAUGAUUAAUGGUCUUAAGUGUAUGGUGUCCUGAGUGUGCCACUUCAACAGUCAUUUUCCAGGAUUUAUCAAUAAUUCAUAAUCUUCAUUGAGAUCUGAUGUGUGAAGUGUUUAUUUUUUAGAUUUUCUUUUAUUAACAUAUGCUCAAAUUACAAAAAAAAAAAUGUGUCAGGCUUCCAUUCAUGCAUUUGAAAAUAUUAUUUUAGAAAGAAAAAAGUAAGUAAAGGGACGAAGAUACUUAUCCAAAAACAUACGAAAAAAGGGAGGGGAAAAAAACAACAACUAAAAAAUAAAAUUUAAAAAUAAAAAACACACACAUGCAAAGACAAAAAUAUUAAAUACAAUGAAGGUGUACUAAAAUUAAAUCUUAGGACAUUUUGUAGCACAAACAUAUACAUUUUUUUAUUAAGAAAUUCACGAAUGGAUCAGAAAUGGUCAAAGUUGAUAAAGAAAAACAAGAAAUUGUUCAGGAUCAAUCCCCCACCCCUAUUUGGUUCUUCAUUUUUUGCCAUUUAUUGGAAUAUAACAGAUCACCAAAGUCAACAUGAAAAUUUAAGUUGAGGUUGGUCCAGCAAGAGUUGCAUCCCUGUGUUCCCUUAAUUUUUUUAGCGGUGUGUAUCACUAUGAAUCUACUAAUUCCAGUUUGUGAUUGCUUUGAUUUAAAGUGUCACUCAAAAAUAAAGUCCGACCCUCGGAGCAGCAGCAGGAGCUUUGAUCCGCCCUUAAAGCUAAUUUUAUUUGUCAGCAUAUUCAAAUGUUAAUAAUUAAGUAAGGAAAAGUCUUUAAUUGUUCUAGUGGCACUGUCAGGACUCCAUAUCCUCCUGAUGACACCAGUGGCCAUGUAUCAUUUUAUUUUAAACCAUGAUUUGGGUCCAGUUUCACAGAAGGGGUUAACUUUGCAAAUGUUAAUCCAUCUCUGUGAAACUGAUCCCCAGGUGCCCAAUGAUUUCUUUCCUUAUGAGGAAAAAACAAAGAAUGGGUUCAGAUGCCAGCUCUGAAAUGUCACAUACUGUACACUCGCCACAAGCAGGACGACACCAGUCACUCUCAGAGAGCAAUUUGAGUAAGGACAGUGAGGGAUGUGGCGGCUAUUGAAGAGCUGCGAGCUCCCUCUAGUGGAAGAGAAGCAGCGUUGCAACAUUACUUGAAUUUUUCUACAAGUAUUUAAUCAGACAAAAAAAGAUGGCACUUUCUCGCUGCGCUAUUAUCAUCAGUGUUUGUUUCGAUAAGACAAAACCUCAGUGUCUGUGCUUGUUAAAACUGAAAAAAAGAAGAAGAAGCAAUAACUUCAGUAUGACCUAUUGGCUUGUGGUUUUAUUCACGUAACAAUUUCAGUGAGGUGGCCUGUAUUAUUACGAACUAUCCAGGUGACAGUAUUGACUGCCAGUUUGAGCUCAGUUUACAGUAUUUAUAUUCUGGAAGAAUUAUACGUGUUUGUCUGUUAAAACAAAAGAAAUCUUAAUUUGUUUCAAUGUGAGUGUUACGGCAAAGAGAAGCUUUACUCUUUUUGUAAGACUGGGCUAAAUCUGCUGAUUUUUUUUAAAGGAACGUUGCAGAAUUUAACCAAGAAAAGCAGAUAUUAAUGAAGCAAACGUUUGUUUCUUGACUGGGUGACCCAAUUUUAAAAUGAUUAACCUCCUGCUCCCUUAAGUCUGAUGUCUCCUCCUCUUAGUUUACUGUGAUUGGUGAUUGCAGGUCUCUUAAAGCCAUAAAUUGGAUGAUGUGAGCUCGCACUCCCCCCCUGCCCCGCCCUUGCAGGAAAUAGACAGACAAGGAUCUUUUUGACGAGAUAAAGAAAGGAUCACCUACAUGAAAUGAUCACCUACAUGAAUGCUUUAUAACAUAAAGCUAUAUUUUGUUAAUAUGUAUAUGUGUAUAUAUUUAUAAAUAUAUAUCGACAGAUCUGUUCCUUGAGUAUUUCCAAUAUUGAAAGAGGGAGACAAGUCUUUCAGACCAAACUGUUCCACACAGUAAGACUCAGAGUUUUAUGGUGUUUUUUUCCAUACAUAUCUGAGGGGUUUUUUUUGCAUUUCGAUCAUGACUUUAUAAAAAAAAAAAUCAAUCCUGAUCAACCAGCAGAAUCGCAGCAGUUUUAAACUCAAAAGAACCAGCUUCUAAGCAGUUUAUGGGACCUCAAAAACCAUGAAAGAGAAAAAAAAAACAAAAGGUUAAGACUUUAAACCCUCCAAAAUGUAUGUGUUGCUUGGCAAUUGUAUGUUCAAACAGUGUAAUCAGGAAAAAGCUGAGCUUGUGACACAAUCACUGCUUUCUUUGUUGCAUAGAUGGUAAAAUGUUCAAGUAAGAAAAAAGAAAAGGAAAAAAAAAACACUUGGAAAAAGAUCUAUUUUUGUACAAAGGUAAUUUUAUCCCUUGCUUGUGUACUCUGUUCUUUCCCCCUUUUUCUUCUGCGGGCUGUUGUAUACGUUGUGGAAAAGCUUAUUCAGCGAGGCAAUUUUCAGAUUGAAAAUUUUAAGCUGCGAGGAAUUGUUGGCUUCGGCACCUCAGUAACUGUGUCGCCUUUUUACUUUGCCAUUUUUCAACCUGUCGCUGCAAUGAUGGGAAUGUCUUCUUUCAUUAUAUUUUUGUCGAUUUUUAAAAGGAGAUGGAAUUUUGUCAUCUGUUCUUUGUGGGUUGCUCUCUGAUGUUCUAUCUUUCAUGGACAGAAAAAAAAGGUUAUUAAAAAAACUCAAAGUGA